AUGGCCACGUUUCAGGCUCUCGAGCGCAAACUGGCCAAAGAGGCGGCCCGCAACGCCGAGAAGGCCCAGGCAGACUCGCACGCCCGCACAAUGGCUAGGUCAGCCUCGCUCGCCUCUACCGCAGACGCUCUCUCCGAUCUCCACGCCAAGCACACCACAGACCUCCGAUCGAACACAGUUGCUGCUCGAGAACGCGCACAUGCCAAGGAAUCGGCUUUUGGAGCGCGCCUGGAUGACGUCGCCCGUCGCGCAGAGGAGCGAUCGCUUUCGGGCGCCGCGCGCUGGCGUCAGCUCUCCGCUGUCUCGGCGGCGGUUGCGGCCGGCUCGGGUACCCCAGAUGGCGCGCAUGCUGAGCUUGCCGAUGCACAUGCCCGUGCGCAUGCCGAUGCGAACCUCGCGGGGCCGUCGGCGCUCAAGGAUGCCUACCUGGGGGCGCUCGAGCGCAUCCGCCGCGGCGAGCUGGUCUACGUCAAGACACGCGACGACCUCUCACCCCACAGCAAGAUCCCGGGGCGGGCUUCCAGCUCAGCCUCGGCUGUUGUUACAGCCUCCGACGAUGACGGUUCCGCCUCGGUCGCUACCACGGUCAUGACCGCCACCCUCGAAUCGGCAGAUCCGCCGGCGGCAGGCCUUUCGUUCCUCGCUCUUCCGCUUGCUGCAUCGCUGGCUUCAAGCAGAGACUUUUCGCCGCCAUCGCCUGCAUCCUCAGUUGGCAUCUGA